AUGAGUCUGUUGUCGUUCAUUAAACGAUUACCGAUUGUUUGGUUAUGGCUUGUAUUGGUAUUCUUAGCCAGUGGUCUUAUUAUCAACUUAUUUCAGCUUCUCUUGUUGCCACUCUGGUUUAUAAAGAAAGACUUGUUCAGAUGGGCCAACCUAAAUGUGGUUUACCUGCAUUGGUGCCGUAAGUACAUGAUUACACGUAUAGACCUGUUAGUCUCAGAUAACCGAAGGUUUCGCAGUGCACGCGACAACGAUCAAAGGCCAAAACGCUUUGCUCAAAUGCUGUGCUUUGCCCAAGUUUCAUGUGAUAGAUGGUCAAAACACGCAUGAUUUAUUACAAGUGAUAGAAGUUGCAAAUGCACUCGAUCAGAUUGCAUUUGAUGCAUUCCAUUCAUUUUUAAUGGAAGCCUAAAUGAAGCUGGCUACAUACGUGCAGUUCAUGCAUAAUAGCAUUUUGAAGAUUAGGAUUGUGGGCUCCUCCUUUCACCCACAAAAAUAAAUUAUUUCUAAAAUGUUGUUUCUUUGCUCUGGCAAAAUUGACAUGUAACAUAAUUAUGGCCACAACUAAUUGCUAAUGCAGUUAAAUUCUCAGUAUGAUUUUUCAAGCUUCUUCAGAUCACUCCACCCAGAUCCUCUGUGAUUAUGGCAAACUGCCCAUAAAUGUGGCUAAAUGUAAUUUAGGCUAAGUUAAACGUGAGACAAUGCUGGCCAGCGGUGGCCUUGUGACCUUAUAAACAGCCAAAAGGUCCAAUCCCUCAUCUUAAUUCCGUGAUAAGGAGGGAUAACCGAUCACAGCUGGCAGUUUGACUUAUUCUAGCUGAUGAAUUUUUGAAAGAUUGGUCAUUAUUACUCUGUUUUUAAAAGCUCUGAGCUUAUACUGUAGGUAAUGUAAAUUUUACAAAUACCAAUUAUUUUUUAUUAUUUCUAACAAAAUAAAAUUAUUUAAUCAGAGAUUUUUAGCAAAAGGAUGGUAUAUAUCUUGGAUCCUUCCUCUUGCUUGAAGUUUUUUAUUCCCUUUUAUCAGCAUAAUUGUGUUUUUCCAGCGCAAAAGCAAUCAGAUUUAACUUCACUUGAUUCUCGAUCCUUUUGAGGAUCAUGGAUAGAGAAUUGAGUUGGGAAUUGAGACUCAUCAAACUAGAACAGCCUUAAAGUUUGUUAAAUUUCUAGUACAUAUGAUAGACCAUUUCAGGGUUCCUGUGGGCCUCUGUAUCAAAACGAGGUUAAGCGCUCAGCUUUUGAUAUGGAAAUGAUUCUUCAUUCUCCUGCAAUUAAAACUCAUUUUCACAAGAAAGGUUGUGCACUUGGCCUCAUUUCGAAGGUGAGGGUUUUUGGAACUUGGAAGUGGGCUGUUGGCUCUCUUCUCUCGAUAUUUGAUUGCUUCAAGAUUCUACAGCCGUUGCUCAAGUUUUGAGUAAAUUUCUUACUUCUCCCAUGUUAGAAAAGACUUUUCUUCCAUAUACAAAUUAACAAACUCUACUCAACAUUUGAUUCAUGCAAGAAAUGCCUGAAUGGAUUAUGCAAAUUCAAGAUAGUAGUUGGCAACUCUCCAGAGAAUGGCUCAAGUGAUGUGUUGUGUUGAAAGCUGAAAAAAUAAUGGUCGAAUGGCAUUUUGCAUCAUGUUAAUAGCAAGCGUUGUCAGUUUCACCAGUUGAACAGCAAUCACUGACUUUUUGUCAAAUGUAAAAUCAAAAGGAAGCUUGUGUAAAUAAAUUAAUGUCACACCAGGCAGCAGUGUUUGAACUAAGCUGCAAAGUGCUUCUUGUUGUUUUGUUCUUAGGCUUAAUUUUUUUAAUUCUUCUUGCCAUUUUUUUUCCAUUGCCAGCUGUUUGUGUAUGUCCAUCAGCAUGUAUCUUCAGAAUGUACUGUAACAGUAUAAUGUAUGUACUGCACAUGCUGCAUGUGUCUUAUGCCAGACACAUGAUUAUAAAAAUAUAUAAUAUUUUCAUAAAUAAAUUUCUUUUUUACUCUAAUUACUGUUUGUCCUGGGCAGCAGCCCACUAAUCCAGGACUGGUAAACUAGAUUUGGGUUGUUGAAAUUAAUUUUAAAUGUCACUAUGUUUGGCUUGUUCAUGUCAAAUGAUUUGGGAAAAAUAAGGGAAAAGUGAAUGGACAGGUUCCAUGGAUUAGUAAAGCAAAAGGUGUUAUUGUACAACAUAGAUUUCUGGUCAGUGAACAGGUGAAAGAUAAGGCAAAAAGACCAGCUUCUUUUGGUCAUAUUAAUCUUGGUAAUAAGUGCAGCAUACGAUUCAUUGCUGUGCAUGACGAGUUUGUACUUAAAAUUUUACCAGAACCCCUGAUUAGGUAUCAAGGCUAGCUAAUGGCUAACUCGUUACCAGAUUAGUACAAAAAACUGUAGGUGAAAUAAGGGGAACAUGAUUACUUACUUGUAAGGCUCAAACUUCUAUGCAAAUUAUUCUGGGAUAUACCCACACCCUCAGAAGAGUUGUAAAUUAUUAUUGGACUCUUUUUCAUGUGAAAGUACCAGACAUUAAAUCAAGUCUCUGUCCUCAAAUGAAGCCCUUGCGCCCAGGAAACCUUGCUGGCAAGUUAGCUAUUACCUGUAACCUAAUCAUACAUGUAACUCGGUGUUGGCAGACUAGCUGUAAUUUAAUGCAUAAUGUAAUGCAAUGUCAAGAUAGCAGUUAAACAGGCAUUUUUUUUAAAUAUUAAUAUAUGUGAAUAGUAAGCUCAGACAUAAGCAUACAACUUUCAGUUCUUAGUCAAUCACUGCAUAUUUCAUUUUUAAGCAAUGAAAGAAUGAUUCAUAAAUAGAAUAACAUGAGUGGAGAGCUCAAGAAAAAAUAUCUGAAUUUCAGACGGGCAUUGCACCCACGACCUUUCAGACACGAGUCGAAAACUCUAGUGAUAAAAUAAUGUGCACUUUAAUUUCAUGCUCAGUGCAAAAAUCAUUUUGUUAAGCUAUGCUAACCAAGUCACCUUAAAUAAUUAUUAAUUUUUUCUGAUUCAUGUCCAAAUAGUUGAGUUGACAUGGUGUCAAUCAGUACUUAUUGUAAACAAAAAUAUGAGUACUUACCAAAGAAUGUUCAGAUUCUCUUGGAUUAUUUCAUCAAAUAAUUAUGAUUUAAAAACCUAAAACGUUUCAGUCUUCCCUGGCUGUAUGCCAAUUUGAAUGUUCCAUCAUCUGUAAUGUAGUUUGGUAGUUAGAAACUAUUUGCAUAAUUUCUAGCCAAAUUGUCUGUUAUCUUUGUGGUGUAUUAUGUCCAAAUUGGUCAGACUUCACCCACUCUUUCUUUUAUUUGGAUUUAAGAAUUUGUUUGUUUAUUUUCAAGCAAAAAGAAAAAUAUUGUUCUUUGUUUGAAAAUUAGUGUUAGUUUUAAUCUUUCCCAACCUUAUUUUUUGAUCUAUAUAUUCACUGUUCAUUUUUUGGGAUGUCUAGACAUAUUGAAAAGGGAGCAUUUCCUUUUCCUCUCUAAAACAGGGCAAACUGUACAAUAGUCUUAACUAAUGUUGCAGGCAGGUUUUCUCACACAGUCAAUUUAUCGUAUUUUCUUGAAAGAGUGCUGUGACAUUUGCUAAAUUUUUUGCUUCAGUUUUGAUGUAGCUCUUACAUGAGGACAACAAAUACGGGGACUUUGUUUGGGGAUGGUGCUUAUUUAGAGCUUGUUUUUUAAAACCAGCAAGGCAAAACAUGGUCUUUCUUUCUUAAUUUGUUUAAGAAUGAUAAUGAUAGAACAGGAAGAACUCAAUAAAAGAUAAAUAAAAAACAACCCUUGACAAUCCAUUUAAAAUUCAGUAAAUUCAGUCAGUCCAAUUAAAGUGAGAACUACACAGAGAUUUUUUUCAAAUGAUUUGCCUUAGAAUGUCUUCAACAUGCGUGCUUGAUGUCUGUGUCUCUUCUAAGGCCAUGUCUGCCUUUCAAACUAAAAAUCAAGCAAUGUCAUAGACUUGAACGUACCAGAUAGUGAUAAUGUUAAUUUAUUACAUUUAUCUGUAUGCCGUAGAAGUCUUUUUUAAUUAAUUGAUUCUAGAUAAUUAUUUUGAUUAAUUCUUAUGUUGCACUGAAGUGUAUGGAAUAAUAGUUACCUUUUUUUGGCAAUUAUUAUUCCACACACUGGGAAUUGCUCCAGGUGAUGGUUCUAGAAGGUGUGAAUCAUUAUUCUUGUUAAUUUCCUCUACUUUGUUAUUUAUUAAAGGUAGUUUGGAAUUGAUUAUUAGUAACUAACAGCUGACCGAAUGUCUGUUUGAUUUCUUUGAUGAUGUUUUCUUGUUAACCCAUUUGCUCCUGGGAAUUUUGCCAAGAAAUGCUUUUUGAAGCUUGUCUAGCCUUUCAAGCUAAAACUUAAGCCCUUUACAGUUUGUAUGUUUCAUGACCUUUGGAUCCUGAUGCAAAAUAUUAGCUUCUGAAGAUCAGACUUGCGCCGAAAGUAAAAUAUCGAUAUAGUUUUUGAGUUUAGAAGUGAUGCAACAGUCUUGACUUCUUGUUUUUGCUUUCUCUCCAUGCCUCCUUCUUAUUUAUUUAUUUAUUUUUUUGCUUUCUUGGCCUCGUUUUUUCUUUUGCUGGGUAUUUAGUAGGCUUCAUUUCAUUGGGAAAUAACAAACACCCUGCUAUACCAAAAUUAGUGACAUUCAUUGCCUCAUUUUUCAUAAAAUACAUGUACAUAAAUGUUGUAACGGCUUGUGAACAAUACAGCUUUCUCUCCACCCUCCUCGUUGCUAGGGAUAUUUUGCAGCCUGAGAGGUAUCAAAUUCAGCCCAAAAAACUCUAUGCUGAUGUAAUGAUGAUUAUUUGUCUGGAAUCUGGUCAAUACUGAUGGGUUGAUGUAGUUAUUAUGUUUUUUUAUCUAUCAUUUAAAUAUAAAGGCAAUAAUCUAUUAAAAAAACAGCCAUUAUUCAUGGUAUAUUUUUCUUCUUUACAAGAAGAGUUUGAGUUUUGCUGCUACUUUGUGAUGUAGACCAGUAGGAAUAUAAACUUGAACAAAUUUACAUCUAGAACCCCAUGACCACCGGUUUAUUUCUUUAGACCUCGAUUUACAAACUGUACAUCAUCAGUAUGGAAUUAUCCCUAGUGGUAAGGAUUGAAGAGAGUUAGCUGUAUUUGCUGGCAAAUUUUGUAACAAACAAUUUUUUUCAUCUCUUUGACACUUGUUACAAUGGGGUUGCCCUGCAAAGGUGGGGCUGUUUGUAUUGAUGAGAAAAAAAGGUCUUGACAGUGUAAAUUAUCUGAAUGAUUUAAAAGUUACAUGUACAGUUGUACAUUCAAAAAUCAGGUAAUUUUGAGCCAAAGAAAAAAAUUAAUGACCUCUAGCUUGGCUAGCUAGUAUGCCCUGUUUGCAAUCAUUCCUCCCAUACGUCAGUUGAAGGGCUUCAUACAAUUACUCAUUUCCUUUUUGGAGGGGACCUCUUUUGGCUGCAAAAUCACAGGUGUUUCUCCCGCAAAAUAAUUAUUCCCAGUGGUAAGGAUUGAGGAGAGUUCGCUGUAUUUGCAGGCUAAUUUUGACUAACAAACAAUUUAAUUUUUUUCAUCUCUUUGACACUUGUUACAAUGGUGUUGCACUGCAAACUUAGGGUGGGGCUGUUUGUAUUGAUGAUACUGUAUCCUAGUGAAAGAAUAUCAUUUUUUUGUUUUUAGAGUUAACGUUCCUCGCUGAAUGGUGGUCAGGACUGGAUAUAAAACUGUAUGGAACAAAGGAAGAUUUUGAUAAACUUGGAAAAGAAAGUGCAAUUAUUGUGUGUAAUCACCGCAGUGAUGUUGACUGGCUAAUUGGUUAUACACUUGCAGACAGAGCAGGAGUAUUGGCGGUAAGAACCUACCAGCAUUGGUAUAGAUGUACGGUCAAUCAAUAGAUCAUCAGUGAUACAUAGAAUACUGUUUUUUUGUUGUUUAAUCAUACAAAUGUAGGUGGAGCAGUGAAACAAUACCUUUACCCUUUGAUUUUGCAAUCAUGCAAUUUUACACAAUAAUGUGCUUACCGUGAAAAUGUACUUGUACCAAAUUAAAGGCUUGUUCGGCCUCUGAGCAAUUCAAUUUCACUGCUGAAUUUUUAAACUAAGACUUCCUAGUCUGUAUUUUUGAGUUACAAACUUCUGCCUCAUGACUUCUUUGAAAUUUAUUUAACCCAUUCGCUCCUGGAGAUUUUGCCGAAAAACGCGUUUUGAAGCUAGUCGAGUGGUUUUCUGGUCGCUGUCGUGCUAUAAAGAGCUAAAACUUACCACAAACCGGUUUACAGGUCGUACACUUCGCGGCCUUCUAAUCCAGAUGCAAAAUAUCAGCUUGCGAAGUUCGGGCAUGCGCAGAAAGCAAAAUUUCGAGAUAGUUUUUGGCUUUAAAAGUGACACAGCAGUCUUGACUUUUACUUUUCGCUUUCUCUCCUUCCUUCUUUUUUCGCUUUUCUUGCCUCAUUUUUUUUUCUCUUGCUGGGCAUUUAGUAGGCUUCAAAAGAUUUUCAUAGAGAUUUUCAGGUCAAUGUCACGUGGUUUUUUGCUUCUUUCUCGGGUGUCCUUGACUGAAUUGUGCUCAUUCUGGUAUGGUUUGAAAGAUCUCUUCACUCUGCACAAGUUAGCGAAGGAAGUUGUCGGUAACCGUUAAAACUGAUGACGUCACAAAGGGUAGAAAGGACCUGGAUCUGCACGGGCGGUUACGGGCGGUUCAGGGGCGAAUGGGUUAAUAUCAUCAAGAACUCUUGGAAAAAGCCCAUUAUUUUCAUUGUCAAAAUGACUUGGCUGGCCAUGGUCCUGCUGGCCUUUUCUGACUUUUGAGAAGUGCUCCAUGUUAGACCUCAUGUCUACAUGCUUCAUGGUCUCCCCUCACAGUAGACCAACAUUCAUUUAAACAUUGAUUCUAAAGUAAUGCUAUUUUCCAUUUUGUAGACCUGCAAGUGUUACAUGAAGGGUUACUUGAAAUAUUUACCGAUAAUUGGCUUCUCGUGGUGGUGCACUGAAUAUGUGUUUUUGCGUCGAAACUGGCAGAAGGAUCGAAAAGUUCUGGAAUCAAGUUUGAGCACACUUGGGGACUUUCCCUUUCCAUUUUGGGUUGGUAGUUCUUUGUUGUUGUUGUUGUUGUUAUUAUUAUUAUUAUUAUUAUCAUCAUCAUCACCAUUUAUUAAUAUUAUUUUUGAUGUUCAUUUCUUGGUUGUUUGUUGAAUUGUAGGCUGUUUCUUUUAGCUCAACAUUACCUGAUAUAGGAUAGCACCAUCUGCCUUUAGAACAACUUGGGUCCAGCCUGCACCACAGACAGAACAAAACUUCUGGUUAAGUCUUUCUGCAAAGCAGCUCCAAAAUCCUUGUCCAGGACAAGGAUAUUGGCACUGCUUCGCUGACUUUACUAACUGUGGUUAGAUUACACCCGCGGUGCAGACUAAACUUUUUGCCACUAAAGCAUUUCCUUCAUUUUGCAAAACAAAGGCAAAAAAUGGAGUCACCAUCCUUUGUAAACUGAGUAGGUAAAGCACACUUUUUAAAGUCAUUCUCUUGUUUACUCAACAAACGUUCUCAAACUCAACUUUUCAUGUCAAAUUUUUCCAGCACAAGGCACAAGGAUGAGAAAAAAAGGUCUUGAAAAGGAAUUUUGUCUGAAUGAUUUAAAAGUUACAUGUACAGUUGUACAUUCAAAAAUCAGGUAAUUUUGAGCUUAAGAAAAAAUGACAUUUAGCUUGGCUUGCCAGGAUGCCCUGUUUGCAAUCAUUCCUUGCACACCUCAAUUGAAGGGCUUCAUUCAACAACUCAUUUGCUUUUUGGAGGGGAUCUCUUUGCAUGAAUUAUAGCCCUUCAAUCCCAAGUAAGGAUAGCCAACACUUUGUGACACCACCACUGGUUUCCCCGCCAAAUGACGUCUGGGAAAAGAGGACAGAAAUUCCAUACUGAUGACGCAGCACUACCCAGUGCUGGGUAGUGCCUCUGAUUGGCCAAACCGCAUGGGAAAUUUGCUUCAACCAAUCAGAAGCACUACCCAGAUCUGGAUAGUGAUGCGUCAUCAGUAUGGAGAAUUUCUGUGCUCGUGUGUCAGACGUCAUUUCGUGGGGAAACCAGUGGUGGUGUCGCGAAGUGUCAGAUGUUUUCUCAGGCUAGCAUGGCAGGCGCUGGUUGUUGUUUGUUUGUUUUUAGUUAGUUUUUAUAGAGCAUGCAAGAGGAACACAUGAAGGAGAGAGGAGGCCUCCUCUCCUUUUCUCCCCUCUCGCACCUUUGAUAUUUCUCCUUUUGCGCUAAAGAAAUGAUGCCUGCUACCCAGGGAAAAGUAAGGACCAAGAAAUCCAAAACAGGGUUUUAUAACUUUUUCACUUUCAGUUGGCAAUUUUUGCGGAGGGAACAAGAUUGACAAAAGCAAAAGUAGAAGCUAGUGUAGAAUAUGCUCGAGCAAACGGCCUACCAGAGUUAAAGCACCAUCUUCUACCAAGGUCCAAGGGAUUUGCUUUGACUGCACAAUACUUCAAGGACAAAGGUGAGAUGGCAGUCACUAACCAGAACAACACAAUAUGACAGUUUCACAAUUUAUCAUUUCCUAAAUAAGAAAGGAACGAAAGUCAUGUAGAAAUCUAAGCAUUAUUGUAAAUUUCCUAAUGUUUUAACCACAGUUCCUCAAACAUGAAUGUAAGUGGGAGUAAUGGUUAUCUAUUUGUGAUAAAUAAAAAGAUGGUCUUUUUUAAGCUUGUUUGCAACAUGAGAAAAUCCCUAACUUCCGAAACAAAGGGUAACAGAAUAGCUGAACUACUUGUUCUAGAGAAGCGAGUCACUGCUAAGCCCAAAGACCACAUUAAGGAAGUUACAUAUAUACUCUAUCUCUUGACUAUUCCUUGAACUAAAGAUAUAGUUAUUGUUGAUCCUGGCACUAUACAAGACGCAUGUCGCGUGUGAACCUAGUAUAUGGCCUUGCUCUCCGCAAGUCUCUCCGUUUGUCAGUGGAUAGGGUGCUUGCCCAGUGUUUUGGGUGUGGGGGAACCCGCUUGGGAAUGUACUUGUUUUACUUUAUUGAUCCCAUGACUGUUUCUGAUAUAAUGAAUACCACAUGUUUCUCUAAUUAAAAUGUUUCAAAAAUUCGUGUUAGGAAGAAGGCUUUUGAAGCUUUAGAGGAAGAAAAACAACAACGAAAAUAUGUGAGUUGUUUAAAAUAUAAGUUGACUCCUUAGAUGCCUUUUGUAAUGUUUUUUUUUAGUGCCCGCAGUCUAUGAUUUCGAAGUUGGUUUUCCAGAGAACAAGGAACCUAACCUGACUAAAAUGCUGAUGGGUGAGGGCAGUGAUGUUCAUCUCUGGGUGAGGUAAGACCAGUACAGUACAAAUUGAAAGUUUCUGUUUGUUUAUUCAUCAUACAAUCUAAAAUGAAAUGUUUCACAUUUAGAAUAAUCAUCCUGGUGUCUCAACACAAAAAAAAUCCCAGCUUAGAAAAUACUGUCUAAUUCAUCUUAUCCAAAGAGGUACCCAAAUCAUGGUCUUUACUGCCCCCGCCGACCGGAUCCUCCCCCUCGUUUUGAAUCCUGUUUACCCCCUUGGGGCUUAAAAGCCAUAAAGUAAAUGCUGCUCACAGAGCAGAGUUAAUUUAAUGAAAGAUAUUUUUGAUUAUGUUAUGUGUAUGGAGGGCUUCUUCAUCGUUUGUCUCACGAUUGCCACUAGAAAAAUUCGUUAUACGUCAAUCACAAGCAACCACAGAAUUACUAAUAUUCCCGCUUAAGCGACAGUAAAUUAACUGUAAGACCAGCAUUACGUGAUCGCGAUCGAGGUGGGAGCCCGGGAAAUGUUGGGAGGUUUAAACCCCCUUUCCCCCCCCCCCCCCCCCCCCCCCCCCCCCCCCCCCCCCCCCCCCCCCCCCCCCCCCACAAACACACCAAACCUAUCAUAAUUAAUAUUUUUGUGUUUAGCUCACCGUGUUGGCGGGUGGUGGGGUUGGUAUGGGACGGUAAAAGAGAGGUGUGUUUGGUGGUAGUUAGUGAAUCAUAUGAAAAAACAACAACCAACACAAAAUUGCUAAUUUCCCCCCAUAAGGGGCAUGAAAAUACCGGUGAAGCACGGAGUACGUUGUCGGGGGCGGGGGGGGGGCCCGGGAAAUUUUGGGGGGUUUAACCCCCCUUCCCCCCCCCCCCCCCCCUCCCCCCCCCCCCCCCCCCCCACACAUUGAACGAGCCAAACAAUUAUCAUCUUAUGGGAAACUUUUUGAGAGGCUAGUUCCAGAGUUCAGUUGGGCUUGAGGUUGUCAUGGAAAAUGUCAGCGAAUCCUGGUUUGAGUUUAAGGCUUUCAAAUCAAUUAAACGCGAAUCAACUCACAGGCGUUAGAAAAGGCGAAUGAACUUUAAGCUUGGAAGCAAAAAGCGUUAUAACUGCUUUUAAUGUGGCCCGAACCUUUUUCUAUGUGUGUUGGGUAUGUUUUUGAAUCACGUUUUUCAACAGGAACGAUAACUUUCUCAAAUGUGUUAGCGUAGCAUUUUAAGGUGAAAUUUGACCACCAUUUUGCGCAGCGAAGGUUAUGGUCGCGAUUGACUUCAAACUUGCAGAUAUAAAACUAGAGAACUCUGAGGCUUAUUAGACAUACUAUUGAUCUCUGUCAUGUUUGCCUGUAUCUCUUGUUGUACGUAGGCGAUUCCCGCUUCAAGACAUUCCUUGUGACACCGUUGAAGAAACUUCAAACUGGUGUAGGAAAGCCUUCCAAGAAAAGGUAAUGAGUUCAUUGUGAACAUUGCACAUGUAGCGAGCUUUUCUGAUUGUCCAUUGGUUCGUAACUUCGAAAACUCAUGUUCUGUUACUGCGAGGGUCACGACUCUCGCGCGCAUUAGUAUCAGUAGUCUGCUACACGGCCGUUUUUAGUGUCGUCACGCAACACUAAAAACGGCUGUGUAGCUGUGUAGCAGACUAUAGUAUCAGUAACGAGGAUAGCAUCUAUAGGUCAAUCAUCUGUUUGGGAGACGAUAAGUGUUCCGGCAAAUACAUGUACCUCCUCCGUUGCUAAUAUUGAACUUAUGCAACAUGACAGCAGAGGAAAGAAGACUGUGACGGCAAUCCUCGUGUGGCAAGCGUGACAUUAAAUACUGGUCCACGGCUCCAAUGACUGCUUAAGGAAGAAUUAUGUACCACUGAUGUUAAGAAAACUUCCGAGCGCUUUUGAAUUUAAUAAAGAUGAAAACACCCAACAGCACUCGAUACCCGGUUGAACCUUAGUUUCGCGUAGAACUUGGUGACAAAAUGAACACAGCAAUCAAAGACGUGAUUUCUGAUUGGGUACUUUUCACUUUCUCGUGAUUGGUUGAAACGCUUUGGGUUCUUAUUAAUCCAUAGAACUUACCUCCGGGAACUGUCAUGGGGAAUUCUUUUGUUCUUUUUUACGUAUCUAUGGAACUUUCACCGAGAAAAUUUCACUCUGGGGAAGGCCAUUUCACACAAAAAGUUUUCUUCCCUUUGGGCAACGCCUGUUUGCGCAUGGGUAAAACGGCUAGUGUAACGGUAGCCACUGAUAAAACUAAAAAACAAAACCCUUUGUAACGCAAAAUGUAUUAUAUUUUUAGGACAAAGGAAUGAGCUACUUCGUUGAACAUGGUAGAUUUCCCGCCGAGAGAUACGAGUACCCUAGGAAAUUAAGAAAUCUUAUAACUUGUAUAGCGUGGAAUGUUGUUUUGAGCCUUCCGCUUUUGUGGUAUAUUAUCUCUGUUAUUAUCUCUGGCUCCAUAACUUCGUUUAUUAUUGCUGGAACAAUCGCCCUUAUAGGUAAGUUUUAUCCAAAUAAAUUUAAAACAGGAAUACUAGGGGGAAUCAUCAAGAGAGGAUAAAGGGGACAGAGAAGGCAUCCCCCAUACACACUCUAUUCCUCGAGUUAUUUUUAGAAUUGGGAUAAAGUUACCUCGCGGGCUGCGUGGAUGUUUCGUGGAGGUUGCGCAUGACUAAACGCCGUGCAAAACAUGUCGGGCGAAAGGCAAUGAAGGCGUGAAGAGAUCGAGAGAAUUUCUGAAUAUUGAAGCGAAAUGAGUCGGCGCGCACCUGGGAAAAGGGAAUCGCUGGACUCUUUGACAACCCGUGAAAUCAGUUUAACUCGAAGUUGUCGUAACCUCGGUGCUUUAAUAAAAUGAGAAAUUUCGCCGGUCUAUUGAAACCGGUCGUUUGUAUAAUAAAGCAAGUAGGACGCCAAGUGUUAUUUUUGUUGAAUAAUAAAAGAAUGAAAAAGAAUAAAUAUCAAACCAGAAAUUACUCUCUUCAAACUGUAAAUUAUAAAUGAUCCUGAGAGAAUAUUCAGUGUGUUAAGGAUUUCNAGUUUAACUCGAAGUUGUCGUAACCUCGGUGCUUUAAUAAAAUGAGAAAUUUCGCCGGUCUAUUGAAACCGGUCGUUUGUAUAAUAAAGCAAGUAGGACGCCAAGUGUUAUUUUUGUUGAAUAAUAAAAGAAUGAAAAAGAAUAAAUAUCAAACCAGAAAUUACUCUCUUCAAACUGUAAAUUAUAAAUGAUCCUGAGAGAAUAUUCAGUGUGUUAAGGAUUUCCCUGCUGUACUGUUAGCUCUAUACAAGAGAAGAAGGGCGAUUCUUUUUUAAUUUCCGUUUCGCUGACACAGCUUUAGCAGAAAUCUCUCUUUAGUCGUUUUCGUUGACAAAACAAAUAGCAAGAUCGCUCUCCGCGUAUUCCGCCAUUUUUUUCUACGUCAAUUCGUGAAGGACGCGUGGCUCUGAGCGUGGGUCAUCCACGCGGAACACGUUCGCGCUAUGUGAUUGGCUGUUGUCUAAUCCCCCUUGGGAUCUAUGGUCUUAAAAAUAACUCGAGACGAAUUACCUAUGGAAUAGGGUGUGUAUGGGGAUGCCGUCUCUGUCUCCUUUAUUGUAUCUUGGAAUCAUACAGAACACGACGCCUUUUAUUAAAAGCGUGUUUCUGAACGACAAUAUUUGCUCGUAGAUUUAUUUUGUUUAAAUUUUUUUUGGCACACCUCGGUUCCGCUGAUCACGAAAUUGACAGGCUCAAAUGUGACGCUAUGAGACAAAUUCAGAAGCUGAAAAGCGGGAUUUUCUGCUUGCUUAUCCCUCCUUUGAGGCAACCUGUGUAGUUACAUCUAACUGCAGCGCAUCCUACUGGCAUGUUAUACCUUUUGAGAGAAGACUAAGCCGAAUGGAUUGCCUUAAUGGCGACAAAUUUGAACGUUUCCAAGAAUUCAAAAAAAAUGGCGUGUGUUCCAGUCACAAAAUUUUUUCGCAGAGGUUCUCGUAAAUGUCUACUUUCAAUGAACAAAGAUAACAAUUUUUUAGGUUUUAUUUUUGUAACCAAGAUUUUGAAAUAAAUAACUUAAGUUGUUGUAGGUUAUGGGCACUUAAACCUUACCUUUCUGUUUAUAAUCCCACAGCUUACCCCCUUUAAGACAGUUUUGUGUACACACAGGUUCCCGUUCCUUGAAAGUCCCGGGAAAUUAGACGCGUUUUAAAAAAAACAUUAGUCUUGUUUUGCCGGAUUUCUUUCGUUAGCUUAAAAUUUCUGAGCCUUAAUUCCCAAAAUCAGCAUGCCCAAUUUGAAUAUUUGACGCAAACAUUACGCUGAAAGGGACAGAAAAGAGCUUCAAGAAACAGCCACCUGGAACUAUUAGUGGAGAUUACGAUAUCUUUUUGUGUUUGGUCACACUCACUUUCACCACUUAUCCUUGACUUCUUUAUUUUAUUUCAUUUCUAGGUUACAUUAUGAUCAAAGUGCUGCUACAUUUUAGCGACUCCAAGAAAGGCAGUAGUUUUGGACUAAAACCGUCUAGUAACAAUGGGGUCAAGAAGCAAAGCUAA